CUGGAGGAUCCAAUGCGUUGCAUUAAGAACAAUAUCUUCUCUUGUUUUUUAAUGGGAAAGAGCCAUGGGAGUGAUUGACAACUUCUUUAUAAUAUACAUAUGUCAAUCUAUGGGCCGGUAGUAAAUUAAUUCAACAUCAAAUCUUGCUCUUCUUUUUAGGUUAUUAAGUGGUGCAGCUAUUUUGCAGGAAGCAGAAGGGCAGAGGUAGUUAUAUAACUCCUUUAAUAUAUAAACUAACCUUACGUAGCACCUGUAAGCAUCAAUUGUUUUUAAUUUUUUUCUCCUUGAGUUAGAUUCGCAUGCACUGCCAAAUACUGAGGUGAUUGAAUGUUUGCAUGUAUCCAACUUUAGGAUUCGUAAAAGUAUCUCUACUAUCAAUGAUGCAUGGUUUUAGUGACAAGGCAAACGGACAGGUCUGUUGUCUUUUAUCUUCUCUGCAAAAGUUUUUGUUUUAGAGAAGUAAUCAAGAAAAGAAACAUCUUGUUAUUCUCCUUAGUUUAUCGAGUGCUUAGGCAUCUUGUUACCAUGCUCUGCUUCCAUUUGGACACAGGGCUGCCUGAGCAUGGUAAGAUGUCUCUUCCAUGAAGACAUAGAUGUAUCGACACAUUUUCAUCAACCUUUUAUCUCUUUGCAAGAAUAACCUCUCAAAGUUACUUGUACAUAUGGCUCCAGGUGUUGUUUGUUUGACCUUUCUCCUUUUGUAACUUCAUCUAGAGAUCUAUAACCAUGCAACCUUCGGCUUUCCAUGCUCAUAUGAUGUUCAAAUUUGAACCUUACAAUCUCAGUGUCUUGAUUUAAAUCCUUGUCUAUUCAAAGAAAUUGUCUUAUUGUUCCUCAUUUUGCAUGUUAAACUUGCAAAGCUGAAUCAAUUUACUUGUUUAUCUUGUGAUAUCUUUCUGAAUCCUAAAUCAAAUUGUUUGCAAUGAAAUGUUUCCAUUUUAUCCUCUAUUUGAAGCUCCUCUGCUCACUGAUUAGCCCUUUUCCUAUAUAUUUGCUUGCCUUGUCUAUUCUUGUCUUUUUGUUGUGUGAUACGACUCAUUGCCCUUUCUUUCUUCUACUCUUCCAAAAAGAUCUGCGCAGCCAUUUUGUCCGAUUCGUUUCCACUUCAGAUGAAAAAAAAACUCCCCUCGUUGACCUUUAUAACCCCUGUUCUGCCUAUAUAAGCCGCCACCCUUAUCCUUUCUCACAUCCAUCUCUCUCUCUGCUGUCGCAACAAUUCUCUCUUUCUGUGAGUUGAUUGUGAAGAAAUUAACAAAGGAUCAAGAGGCAUGCUGUUGGGGUGGUGGUCAUGGUGGUACUGUUUGUCGCUGGUUCCAGUGGCUUGCAUGGCGGUGAAGAUGUUUGAGUUGUUGUGGUGGAGGCCGAAGAGGCUGGAGAAGCAAUUCGCGGAGCAAGGCAUAGGAGGCCCCCCGUACCGCUUCUUCCUCGGCUGCCUCAGGGAGAUGGUUUCCAUGACGCUGGAGGCCUCCUCUAAGCCGAUGAUGCCUCAGACCUCUCACAAUAUCCUCCCCCGAGUUCUCCCUUUCUAUCACCAUUGGAAGAACAUCUAUGGUUCCACGUUUCUGAUAUGGUUCGGCCCCACGGCGCGCCUCACCGUCGCCGAUCCCGACCUCAUCAGGGAGAUAUUCCUCUCUCGGUCCGACGUCUUCGAGCGCUACGAGUCGCACCCGCUGGUUCGGCAGCUCGAGGGCGAGGGCCUGGUGAGCCUGCGCGGCGAGAAAUGGGCUCACCACCGGAAGAUCCUCACGCCGACCUUUCACUCGGAGAAUCUCAAACAACGCGUGGAUCAGCUGUUGAUACCUUUCAUCGGCCGGACUGUAAUGGAUAUGGCGGAGAAGCUGCCGGCGGUUCCCGGCGUGGAGGUGGAGAUUGACGUAUCCGAAUGGUUCCAGACCGUUACAGAGGACGCCAUCACGCGCACCGCGUUCGGAAGGAGCUACGACGACGGCAAGGCCAUCUUCCGGUUGCAGUCCCAGCAAAUGGAGUUCGCCGCCGAUGCCUUCCGCAAGGUCUUCAUCCCCGGCUACAGAUUUUUGCCGACGAAGAAGAACACAGACUCGUGGAAGCUAGAGAAGGAGAUCAAGAGAAGUCUGAUCCGGCUCAUCGGUCGGCGGAAGGAGCAGCCAUCCGGCGAAGCGAAGGAUCUGCUGGGCCUGAUGAUCAAUGCGGCCAGCGGACCAGGUGCUCGACUCCGCGCCCCGACGACGCCGUCAUCGGCGGUGACGUGCUCUGCAGCUGCGCCGAUUACGGUCCGGGACAUCGUGGAGGAGUGCAAGACGUUCUUCUUCGCCGGGAAGCAGACCACCUCUAGCCUUCUGACGUGGGCCACGGUGCUCCUAUCCAUGCACCAAGAGUGGCAGGAACGCGCGCGAGCAGAGGUUCUCUGCGUGUGCGGCCCACUGGACAUCCCCUCCCGUGAUCAGCUCGCCAAGCUUAAGACGCUGGGGAUGAUCCUGAACGAGACGCUGAGGCUGUACCCGCCGGCGGUGGCGACGAUACGGCGAGCGAAGGAGGAGGUCAAGCUGGGAGGGCGUCGGAUCCCGCGCGGCACGGAGCUGCUGAUCCCCAUCGUGGCGGUGCACCACGACGCGGCGCUGUGGGGGGAAGACGCGGCGGAAUUCAACCCGGCGCGGUUCGCGGACGGGGCGAGCCGGGCGGCGCGCCACCCCACGGCCUUCAUCCCCUUCGGCCUCGGCGCGCGGAUGUGCAUCGGCCAGAACCUGGCGCUGCUGGAGGCCAAGCUGACCCUGGCCAUCAUCCUCCGCCGCUUCGCCUUCCGCCUCGCGCCCUCCUACAUCCACGCGCCCACCGCGCUGGUGCUGCUCCACCCGCAGCACGGCGCGCCGGUCCUCUUCCGAUCCUUAGGAUCUCAUCUGUAAUCGAAGGAAGAUGUAGCAUGCAUGCAUGCAUUUCUCUGGGGACUCUGUUUUUUCUUU